AUGCUCGAUGCGAGCUCCUCAGACAAAUCAGAGGCGUUUGGCUCCUUAAAGAGACAUCAGGUCCUGGGCCAGUUUCACCACCUUUCCCAGAGUUUCCCCCUCUUUGGAGCCUUCGCGGCCAUUUGUUCCGUGCGAAUGCGCUUGGCCUUUGGAGUCUUUUCCAGAUCCUUCUCCUUGCUGGCCAGCUCUUUCUUCAGCUUCUCCUGCGCCAGAGCCAGAGAAGAUGCACAGCAUGUGGGCCAGGACAAAGAACCCACAUUCUUUCGCUCGGCAGAAGACAAGCUGUCCGGACACUUCACAGAGAAGCUCUCAAAAGACGUCCCGAACAGCAGCUUGCCUGCUCUCGCUCAGAAGUCGGUCCGGGGCUGUCUUCAGAAGCUCCGGCUUCGGGUGGUCUUCUGCCAGCAGGUUGUGGCGGAGAAGCUCCGAGCUGUACCUCAGAUGCUGGUCCAGAAGCAUCUCCGGGUAGCCUUUCUUGAACUUCAGAAUCUCCACGGCUUCAGGCAACAGGAGCGUGGCACAGGCAUCACCAACACCUUGCAGACUGACGGUGUUGUUCAGAAGGUUGUGCAUGAGCGCUCGCCAGACUUGCCACAGCUGUGGACCGUGCAGAAGGCCUUUUGUUUUGCCUGGGACAUCUCAGAAGCCUUGGCAGACACAGAGUCGGACGAGGCAGAAGCAGCCUUGUUGACCGCAGGUCCAUGGAGAUCGUGA